UCAAUGGGCCGAGCUUCCAAAGAUGAGAAAAUGGGACUUAAGAAAGGUCCCUGGUCUCCUGAGGAGGAUCAAUUGCUUAUUGAUUUUAUCCACAGAAAUGGCCAUAAUAAUUGGAUUGCGCUUCCCAAGCAAGCAGGGCUUCUUAGAUGUGGGAAAAGCUGUCGUCUACGGUGGAAUAAUUACCUUAGACCAGACAUCAAACGGGGGAAUUUUAGUUCAGAGGAGAAGCGAGCUAUCAUUAAACUUCACCAGAUUUUCGGCAACAGGUGGUCUGCCAUUGCCUCACGCCUGCCUGGAAGAACAGACAAUGAGAUAAAGAACGUCUGGAGAACUCACUUGCAGAAGCAUCAUCUCCAAAUGGCAAUCGAUCCAGUGACAAAUGCAGUAGCAACGAGUUCUACUUCACACAAUAAUUCCAAGUACAGUCACGUUUCAAUGGAGCCAAUGAAGAAGGAUGCGUUUGCAGACAAUUCAGUUAUAUCACAAACAAAAGCAUCUGUUGAUUCUCCUACCACGCUACCCUACUCGUCUGGCUCAUUCAACGAUUCACAGAGUUUGUCAAGCGAAGUUAUUUCAACAUUAGGUUGGAUUCGGUCCAACUGUAUAAAUUCCUUUGAUGUAGCAUUUGGGUACAAUCAUCAGCCACCAAAUGUUCAAGAUGAUAACAAACUUGAAGAGUUGUUAUUAGAUGAGAAAUUUAUCAUGGGAGAUCAGAAAUUGAAGGAAGAAGAAAGGUAUUUGCCGAGGGAAAGUGAGAAUGCAACUUCAAUUAUGACAUCUGAAGCAAACUGGGAGCACAGUUCAAACUUGCAGGUUUGUAAUUUGGUGUCUUCCUGUCGAGAAGAUGAUAACCUGAAUAGCAGAGAUGGUGAAGACACAAAUGCCCAUCAGCUGUGUAAUAUUGGCAUGGAGUGUAAUGAUUACUGGUUAAACUUUCUGCAGCAAGCUGGGUCGCUUCAGGCUGGUAGUUCUUUUUCUAUGCAUCACCACCAGGCCGGGUAUUUAUAAUUAACCAUGCCUGUCAACGAAAAACUUUGUUCAUGGUUACAAAUCUUAAUUGCAUUUCAUUUUAUAGUUCUAUUCGUAAAUAGAAGUGUUAACAUUGUUUUUGUGUUUAA